AAGCGCCAAAUACCAUUCCCCAUCGUCGUGUCUUCGCUUUACAGAUCGCUCUGUCGGAAUGUCGUUCCUAUCACGCUUGAACCUAAUCCCCCAAUUCCCGACAUACCCUGGCCCUUACCAUGUUGGCUCAUUCGAACUAGAGAUCCCAGCAUCGUCGCUAGAGCCUGCCGCCGGGGGGUCCUCGCCAGAUGCUAAGGUCGAAACGGUACAGUUUCGAAUUUUCUACCCAGCAGAAGAGACCGAUUCGGCCAGUACAACGGGAUGGUUUGGUAACACGGCAAAGAAACCCAUCAGAUGGCUUCCGGAACCAUAUCAACGGGAGUACCUGAGCGGCUACGCACGGUUUAUGGGAGUAGGCUCUAGAUUCGCGGAAAUAGUUUCGUAUGCUAACUCUUCCCCUCCCCCCGGAUAUCCCGGAAUAACGCGGAACAAUCCUAACCAUGAUUAAUCAUAAAAUAGGUAUCUUCCCCGAGCACUCUACUACAUUUCAUUACCAGCGGCAGCCAAUGCACAGUUGUUAGGGGGAAAGUUGCCGGAGUUUAGAUUCCCAACUAUGGUUUUCUCGCACGGCCUUGGCGGAACGAGGCUCGCAUACUCGCACAUUUGCGGCUCUAUCGCCUCCUAUGGAGUGAUAGUGGUUGCACCCGAGCACCGUGAUGGCAGCGCGCCGGUCAGCUUCGUCAAUGUGCCGGCGAUGGAGACCGCCCACAUCUCUGGGGAGAAGCCCGAAGCGGGACAACCUGGUAUCAAUGAAAACUCCACGAAGGCCUCAGUGAAGGAUACAAAUAGUAGGGUUCAAGUGGAUUAUAGAACUUAUCCUCACCAAGUCUCUGAAGAAACAGAGAAUGGGAGAAACCGGCAGCUUGAGAUUCGUUUGUGGGAAUUAAGCCUCGUUUAUUCGGCGCUUUCCAAAAUCGAUAUUGGAAAAGUCCCCGAGGACACGAUUAUGUCCGACGACGAAGGUGAAACCAAAGGGGGAAUAGUGGGUCCUGAGGCAAAAAAACUGUUAUCAUCUUUCAAAGGAAAAUUGGAUGUUAAAGACCCGGGAAAGCUAAUCUGGGCUGGCCACUCUUUCGGUGCUGCAACCAUGAUCCAGUUUCUCAAAAGCAUCUAUUACUCACCUCCGACAAAGCCAUCAAUAAGGCCCCUCUUUGCCCCAGAUGCUACCCCCCCCCCAAAUACCUUCGACACUCUACCGCUUGGCAGACAGAUAACAGCCACGUCGCCUCUCAUCCUCCUGGAUCUGUGGUGCCUUCCACUGCUGGGCAAGCGAACAAACUACCUGUUCAAACAACCUCUCCCACAAAUAUCAAAUAAGCCAAACCUUGUCCUAGUAAUCAUGUCUGAAGAGUUCUUCCGCUGGAAAGAAAACCUGCGCGGUGUGAAGCGCAUCCUCUCCCCAGACCCGGGCCGGAAGAGAGGUACACCCCACCACGAAGUCUUCGAGAAGUGGGACGAGGAAGACAUUGGAGAUACUGGAGACAACGCCACUCACGAGGAGACACUAAAACGCUUCCAUCCAGACAAUGACCUCCUCUCACCAUCCAUACCAUCGACCACUGAAUUCUCCUCUGCUCCCGACCAAGGCGGCCAAAUUAUACCGCCAACAGCCACUCCUUCACCCACUCCGGAAAGGCAGCACGAGCACAAACAUCGCGUAGCUAAAAAUAGAGAACCGCGCUUUUACUAUGUCAAGAAAUCUGCACACCUAUCGCAGAGCGACUUUGGAAUACUUUUCCCGGUGGUCGUGCGCCGCGCCGAGAACCCGCAAAGGAUAUUAGAUUUGAACGUCCGCGCUACAAUCCAGUGGCUUCGCGAGGCCGGGUACAGCGAUAGGCUCGCGAAGGCAGAACACUUAGAAGAGCUAGUCCAUGGCUUACGCCUCGACUGCGAUGACAAGGACAAGGGAGUAAAGAACAAGGAAGGCGAUUGGAGGAUAUGGGAAGAGGGAGACACAGGUGUAGAAGGAUGGGGAAGGAUUGAUCUUGAAGAGACGGACGUUCCUGAGGUCAAAACGUAGUCAAGUGAAAACCAAAACAAUAAGACAUUUAUGGUAAUUGGUUGGAGAUACUCCGGUACAUACAAGAUUUCAUGCCGGAUUGGUCUUGUUCCUUUUUUUCCAUUUUUCUUUUUCCCUCUUUCUCUUCCUCCACCAUUAGUUUCUUUUUCUUCUGCUUGCACACCCUGCUCGAAGUGCGAAGAACAAGGAGAUGAAGCCACUUGCACAAACACUGUUUUCCUUUGUUUUUCUGCAAGGAUUAUACAUGCAGUUAUAUGAUAGCUGGAAAUCUAUAGGUUGCCCUGUG